AAGCAGCUCAAAUGAUGCGCGUGUGUACAUUUGUUUUUGGAGUUGCGUUCAAUGUCUGAGUCAAAUGAUAUACAUUGUAUAAGAAAGGACAUUCGAAAAGGCACCGUUUCCGGGGCUCCAUCCGUGUCACUCCAGACCUCGGCCAGUGCGCUCCCGUUGAACAACAGGACGUUUUUGCGUCCAUCUACCAUAUUCGCAGCACGCACGCCGGAUGCACGCGCAUUAAUAAAGCAUUGUAGGUGCGUCACUGCGCGUGGACUAAGUGUGUCAAGUCAUGCAUAAUAACUGGCCGCAUGGGUCAAGGUGCCUUUUCUCUUCUCCUGACGGAAGGGCAGCUGUAUUUACCGACGUAUGCAAAUGAGCACAGGGGAGGUCUUAUGCCCACAAGCCAUUCAGUUUCACGUUGCAGUUUCGAGUUUCCUGCGUGGAAGGGGAAAACGCAACGUGGCGAAAAUCGGGUGACUAUCUCCACCUCCUCAAACCAUGCAGGAUGAUUUACUGAUGGACACAAACACAGCCCAGGCUCACCAUCGGCAAGAUCCGACGCAAAUAGACCCUCCCCCCUCCCCGACCCCGCCACUGGAGCCCUCUUCCUCAUCACCGGGGUCGGAGAGUCCGUCGACCGGGAGCAGCACUACGGACAAAGUGUCCAUGGAGUCACCGAUCCUGCCAGGGUUGAACUUCCACCGGCAGCCACAGGAGACGGAAGGUCCCAUUUCCUCCCCGUCCUCCUCUUUCGGAAGCACUUGGUCCACGGGGAACACCGACGUGGUGGACGAAAGCUUUUUCCGGGGAAUACCUUCCGUGAACGGGACGAUGCUUUUCCAGAACUUCCCCCACCACGUCAACGCGGUCUUCGGGAGUCACUUCUCCCCGCAGAUGGGACUCGGCCCCCAGUCUCAAUCUCAACGGCAUCAACAACCGGCGCAGCAGCCCCAGCACAGAUCCCCGCUCAGCCCCGGCCGAGGCCCCUACCCCCAGAGAAACGCUUAUCAGACCAUCGCUAAAGGGUCCUCUUCCGCCGUAUCGUCACCGGCUUGGAAUAAUCACCAAAACGCCGGGUGGAGCACCGGCUCCAACCACCCUUGGAGCGGGCUGCAGGCAGGCAGGGACCCACGCAGAGCUCUUUCCUCUCCUGUGAGCCCAAUUUCCCCCAUGAAAAAACCUUACGGCAGCAAUGUUAUCGCACCGCCGAAAUUUCCAAGACCCGGGCCCCUCACCCCCAAGGCCUGGAACGAGGACGGGGCCUUCAGGACUGACAGCAAUUUGCUACCUUUCCAGGACCGGAAUAGGCCCUUGGAUACGUUUAGCUUGCACUCUUUGGAGAAUUCCUUAAUGGAAUUGAUAAGGACUGACCACGACAAAGGACGUAUGGGCAUUAACUUCCAUCAUCCUGGAACCGAACACAUAAUGCCACUGAACAGCCGGAGCUUUGGCCGCAGAAGAGCCUGCUGUCCUCCUCACCUUUCCUCUCCUCCUACUGUAGGUCGUUCCUACCUUUUUCCCUUUGAAGAUGGCUUCCUUGACGAUGGCCACGGUGACCUUUCCUUGCCCCCCGGCCUGAACUCUCCAACCCACUGUCAGAAUGGAGAGCGGAUGGAGCGCUACUCCCGCAAGGUCUUUGUUGGAGGCCUACCCCCAGAUAUAGAUGAAGAUGAGAUCACCAACAGUUUCCGUCGCUAUGGACACCUGUUAGUUGACUGGCCCCACAAAGCUGAGAGCAAAUCCUACUUCCCGCCGAAAGGUUAUGCCUUCCUACUGUUCCAAGAAGAGACCUCUGUUCAGGCCUUGAUUGACGCCUGUAUCGAGGAGGACAGCAAGCUCUACCUGUGCGUGUCCAGUCCCACCAUCAAAGACAAGCCGGUCCAGAUCCGUCCAUGGAACCUGAGCGACAGUGACUUCGUCAUGGAUGGCUCCCAGCCUUUGGACCCCCGCAAGACCAUCUUUGUAGGGGGAGUACCCCGGCCUUUGCGUGCAGUGGAGCUGGCAAUGAUCAUGGAUCGGUUGUACGGAGGUGUUUGCUACGCCGGCAUCGACACCGACCCGGAGCUCAAAUACCCGAAAGGGGCCGGGCGCGUGGCCUUCUCCAAUCAGCAGAGCUACAUCGCUGCCAUCAGCGCUCGCUUCGUUCAGCUGCAGCACAAUGACAUCGACAAAAGGGUGGAGGUGAAGCCGUACGUGCUGGACGAUCAGAUGUGCGAUGAGUGCCAGGGGGUGCGCUGCGGGGGGAAGUUUGCGCCGUUCUUCUGUGCCAACGUCACGUGUCUGCAGUACUACUGCGAGUACUGCUGGGCCAGCAUUCACUCGCGAGCAGGCCGAGAGUUCCACAAGCCCCUGGUGAAGGAGGGAGGCGACCGCCCUCGACACGUGUCCUUCCGCUGGAGCUGAGUAGCGUGGCUGCUUGACUAUCCCAUCCGCAGAUACGUAGAAAACAAAUAGGCCCUCCAUCCGUAAGCACGUCAUGACAAGCGACGCAAAACAUCCCAUCUUCGCGCCCUCUGGCCCGACUUGUCUCCCCCUCUAAUGAAGCAUUGUGAGAAGUUAAAGCUUAGAAUUUGCACUUUGGCAUACCAUCUCAAUCAAACAUACACGCACACACACACACACACACACACACACACACACAGGAUGUAACUUCAGACACUUGACUACUUUCAGCUCACUCUCCUUUUGACUGGGCGGCCUGGUCCUGCUGAACCCCCUCCCCUCCAUAACCACAUCGAGGUGGGAACAUAGAAAUAUUUAAAAAAAAAAAAAAAGUCUAUUUUAGUUUUGUACCUAUCUAUAAAUAUAUGGAUUAUUUUAAUUUAAUAUAAAAGGACAAUGCACUUAUUUUCAAAAGCUGUAGGCCCCAAGAGAAAAAGUCACUGAAGGUGCAUUAAGAAACAUUAAAAAACAUUUGGGCCCUGAAAUGAUGAAAAUAACAGCUUAUAAUUAGUCACUCUAUAAUUUUAAAUAUUAAUACCUCAUACACGCAACCUGAUUAGUUCACUGUUGAUUUCUACGUCUUUAUUUUUUUAUAACGUAAUUAUUUCUUUUUAGAGUUCUGUAAAUGUAAUGCUGCAACGGCUUUGCUGCUAAAUUGACGGUAUGAUCAGAUACCAGAAGUACACACACCUCGUGUGUAAAAAGAACACAGAUCCCCACAGGGGCGCUCAUGACACAAAGAUGGCUGCCGUCGAAGCGCGUGCUUAUUUCAGGGCGUCGCGCGCACCCGACUUUUUGAAUACUGCCCAUGUUUGCACAACGCACAACAGAUUCAUCGAAAGGCAAUCAACAUUCAAAACACCGUGUGGGUAGAUGCAACCUUAAGUAUCACAAAUCCAAUUAGGUGUAAAAUCACCGUGACAAACUGUCUCUGAUAGGUGAAGUACUUUUAUUUUUUUCGCAGUGGUGGUUGUUAUAUUUGUGCAAUUUUUAUACCGUCUCUAGUUAGGUCAGAGUAUGCCUAGAGCUGUGAUUCGUUUUAGCUGUCGUUCAAGUCCGACAAAAGUGAUGUUUCACAGGACUUCUAUCAUAGGCACGUGUGUAUUUGUGCUCUUGUACACACAUUACAUAUAUAUUAUGUACACAUUUUAUCUUAUAUAUAUAUAUAUAUAUAUAUAUAUAUAUAUAUAUAUAUAUAUAUAUAUAUAAAGAUAAAUUGUAAUACAAUUCAAACAGUAGUCACUUGAAACUGACAAAAAUAAUGAGAACAAUUUACAGAAAAUGAACUCAUGGAAAUCAGGCCUUGCUGGUUUUUGUGGUCUAACGGAAUUCUUUUUAAAAAAAAAAAAAAAAAAAAAACAAACCUGGCCUGGCAACAAAAAUAAUGUACCAAAUGAUUUCCGUAACUCUACACGAGACGUCUGCACCUGUCAACAGUUAUUUUGUCCCACUCCUUGUAAGCAAACUGCUCCAGCUGUCUCAAGUUUGAAGGGGGCCUUCUCCAUACUGCCUGUUUCAGCUCCUUCCACACAUGUUCAAUAGGUUUUAGAUCGGGGCACACAGAAGACAACUUCCAAAUUGUCUGAUGUUUUGUUCUGAGCUAUUCCUGGCCGUCUUAACAUAACAUAACAUAACAUAACAUAACCAAGCCUCCAUCAUGUUUUACUGUAGGUACAGUAUUCUUUGCUUUGUGUGUCAUUUUGAAGUUAAGUGAACAUUGUGGGCUUUUCUUUCUUUGACAAUUUUGCAUGUUUCCUGAGUACAAAUUUGCAACAAAGGUACACUGUACCUACAGUAUUACAUGGAGGAUGCUUGGUUCUAUGGCUGUUUCUGGCACAGAGUUUUUGGAACCUGUGCAGCGAAAAAUGAAAUCUUAAGACUUUCAAGGCAUUCCGGACUCAAAUGUGCUGCCCAGUGUCAAAACGUUUGGUCUCAUCCGCAGGUCAAAACAUCAGACAAUUCUGAAGUGGCCCUCUUUGAGCCCUGAUCUUAAUCCUAUUAACCGUACGGUCUGGAGAAGGCACCUUUCAAACAUGAGCCUACGGAAAGAUGCUUGAGCAUUUAUUCGAUAAUCGAUAUCCUUCAUAUCCAUAUAACCGGUACACUCUUCGUCCUCACUAGUAAGACAAUUAGCACACUAGUAGAAGUGCCACUUUUGACCUACUAGUGCUCAAACCGCUAACCAUAUGAGCCAAUGAGAGCAGUUUGUGUCGCUGAGAAUGAUGCAAAUUGUUGAGUGGCUCCCUCAAAAGGCAGUGCACCAAAAUAUUAUGCCAGGCCAGUUAAUUUUUCACCCAUUUUUGUUCAUUUUCAAGUUAUUCAAUCACUGUUUGAAGAGUACCAAAAAUCUAUCCUUCAUGUGUAUGAAUAUACAUGUAACAGCUGUCUUUCCAAUGCACACAAACUGAUCUGAAGAGAAGACGACGUGAGAUGAAAAGGAAAACGACGAGCGUUGGAUGAUUUGUAAAUGUUCCAGAAGUCAACCAAAGAGCUUGUGAGCGUUGACGAGCAGCCUAACAUGCGGCGCUGAUGUCUCAAGGAGGCGCUGCUGCUGCUCUCGUAGAGGAGGCAUCGACGACGAACGUAAUUGAAGCGACGAGUUGAAAAGAAGGCACGUUCUCUACACAUUGAUAGAAAUAUAUACAGAUGUGCAAAUGAGGUGUACCCUAUUAAGGCCCUUUUAUUUUGUCCUGCGAAGCUUGAAGUAACCGACCUGCUAACAAUCUAUCUGUGUUAUUUAUGAAAAAAGAGAGCGCAGUGAUGGCAAAUGAAACCGUUUUUUAAUUUUUAUUUUUAUUUUUUUUAUAUAUAUAUAUAUAGCAGUUUUGUGGACAAUCCGUAAAGGAUCGUUGCAAGGUCGCACGUGUUGUCACUUUUUAUUUUUGUUUGGGGUAGAUUGUGCCAUGCCCUGAAAGCGCUUGUCUUUUAGUCACAAACUGUUUUUUAUUCUUUGCAUUAGUAUGUUUUUUUUUUUCUUAAUUAAAAAAAUAAGAUGUAUAUUUUUUACUGAUGUAAAGAAAGCUAAAAGAAACUAGAGGCUAACCAUAAAUAAUAUGUAUCCCUAUGAAAGUGAAUUUUGGGUGUUUUUGUGACAUUUCCUUUCCCACCCAGGCAGGUUUUCAGUUUGUUCCUUCUCGACAGGAUAGUUGUUUGUUAUGCACUACCCUUUGUAUCCAGUUUUCAAGAGUCUACAGUUGUUUUUGUUCAAAGACAAAAAAAAAAAAAAAAAGAUAAAGCUUGCUUUCUGACUGACAAGAUCUUUUGCAAUACCUCAAUAUUGAAAUAUAAUGGGAGAGAAACUGCUAUUUUCUAAGUUUAUUCUGAAGAAAAAAUAUUAAUUUAAUUAAAGACAAAUUAUUUAACGGAUGUUUUUUUUUUUUGUUGUUGCUGUUUUUUUUUGUUUGUUUUUAAACUUGUUUGCUUUUAUUUUAUGAAUUUAUUUUUGGAGAAGAUGACAGUUGAAGUUUGUAACUUAUGUGAGCAAGAGCACAGCCUAGUUUAUUGGCGGUCAUGUCGGAAAUACUAAGAGAAAAAAAAUAUUUUGUCCCCACUUUUGUAUCUUUAUAAUCACGUAUUUACUAUGUUGUCCAGCGUUGGAAAAGAGGUCCUGUUUUUUUUUAAGAUGUUUAUUUUUUCUAAAAAAAUAUAUGCUCCAAUAGUUUUUGUCGUUGUUAGUUUUAUUUUUUUACCCUACUAUGUUAGCUUGGCCUCAUUGCAAGAGUGAGUGGAGGUUGUAAGAAAAUAAUGUUAUUUAAACAGAAAGCAGACAACUUGACCGACAGCCCCAAAGGUGCAUCAAGACUGGUGGCCUUUUUCUCAUGCAACACUUGAAUUUGCCACAUUUUGUUUCUUCUAAAGCUAAGAACCUCUUUGUUGUUAUGUGCAAUACCGUUUGUACUAUUUGUAAAAAAGACACACACACAGAAAAAAAACUGAAAAAAGUGGCAUAAGUCUUUACUGCAGAGUUAUUUUCAUUAUGAUUCACAAAAAUAAUUUUCUACUGUGUAUUUACCAAAUCGUACCUUCCAGUAGUAUGUAGCCUUUGUACUGAGAAAGUUUUCAUUAGUUUAAUUUUUCAUUUCAUAUGAAAUCAAUGAUUUUGCGAGAGAGAGACUAACAUUUUCAUAAUUUUGUUUUGUAUUUGCUUUUGCUGAUUAAUUUCUCAAUCAUUAAGAUUUAUUGGGGGAGCCUUUUCAUAUCUGGUCAAUGUAAUUCAUAUAUUAUUUUGUAUUUUUACAUGGAAUAAAUUAAUUUUGUGACGCUAA